GAUAAGGUAGCCAUCUUCUCUGAAUAUACCAGCCCAAGGGCUCUACUACUGUCAGAGAGAGUAGAAGAAAAACAGGGGAAAAGAUGGUGAAGCUUGCAUUUGGAAGCUUCGGCGACUCUUUCAGCGCGGCGUCCCUCAAGGCCUAUGUCGCCGAGUUCAUUGCCACGCUCCUCUUCGUGUUCGCCGGCGUCGGCUCCGCCAUCGCCUACUCGCAAUUGACAAAGGGCGGGGCCCUCGACCCUGCCGGCCUGGUUGCCAUCGCCAUCGCCCAUGCGUUCGCUCUCUUCGUCGGCGUCUCCAUGGCCGCCAACAUCUCCGGCGGGCACCUGAACCCCGCCGUCACCUUCGGCCUCGCCGUCGGCGGCCACAUCACCAUCCUCACCGGCAUCUUCUACUGGGUCGCCCAGCUGCUUGGCGCCUCCGUGGCGUGCCUCCUCCUGAAGUUCGUCACCCACGGGCAGGCCAUCCCAACGCACGGCGUCUCCGGCAUCAGCGAGGUCGAGGGCGUGGUGAUGGAGAUCGUGAUCACCUUCGCGCUGGUGUACACCGUGUACGCCACCGCUGCCGACCCGAAGAAGGGGUCCCUCGGCACCAUCGCCCCCAUGGCCAUCGGCUUCAUCGUCGGCGCCAACAUCCUGGCAGCCGGCCCCUUCAGCGGCGGCUCCAUGAACCCAGCCCGCUCCUUCGGCCCCGCCGUGGCCGCCGGCAACUUCGCCGGCAACUGGGUCUACUGGGUCGGCCCGCUCAUCGGCGGCGGCCUGGCCGGGCUUGUCUACGGCGACGUGUUCAUCGCCUCCUACCAGCCGGUUGGCCAGCAGGAGUACCCAUGAACGGCAUGAAAGUCCGCAGUCCGCACCCAACCCGACGUGUCAAUUUCAUCAUCGUCGAUUGUCACCUCGUCUCGUCUUGUGAUUAUGUUUGGUCUUCUUUGAAUUUCCCUUUUGGAUUUCACCAGCGAUGAUGUCAGCAAGUUGUAAGAGAACCGUUCGAUCUAUACACAUGACAUGCACGGUUCAGCGUUCCCAAGUA